AUAGAAUUGUACAUGUGGGAAACUAAAUCCACUAAAAUAAUUUUUUUUCCUUUUGUGCUGAUAAAAAGAAAAAAACUUCCUUCCUUGUAAUCACUGAAGGAGGGAGCAAUGAUGAAAGAGUAGAAAAGGGUUUACAGAGAAGACUUGCAUCACAACUGCAGAGGGAAGCGCAGAACUUUCUACAGAUGUUUGCAGUCUACUGACUAACACUUUUUGUUUUAAAUCAGAUUGUAUGCCUAUCUUCAGCUUCAGAGCAGAUAUGUCUAUCAUCACUAUUGUGGCGCUCCUGGUGUUCCUGAUGAUCCCUGAGGGUAUUCUGGGGGAUCAUGGACUGAACCAGCGAUGUCGAUGCAUCAACAAGGAGAAACAACCCAUCGGACGUUACAUAGGAAAGGUGGAGGUACACCUUGCCAGCUCCCACUGCAAAGAUAUUGAGAUUAUUGCCACUCUUAAAAAGAAUGGGCAAAAGAUUUGUCUGGACCCUGAUGCUCCUUGGAUCAAAAAAGUGCUUCAGAGGAAACAGGCUCAAAGACCAACACCUUGAAUUACAAACCUUCACAGAAUUAGCUCGGAUGGAAAGAAGGACCUUUUAGACUCACCACUGAAGUUCAAAGUGGAAGCAUGGAUUGCAAUGAUGGAGCACAUUUUUCUUGAUGGGAAAGAUUAAGCUGUGAUGCUCAAUAGGUUUUCUGUGUGCCAACGAGAAAUAUAUGGCAAUAUACAGGUGUGUAUAUAUAUAUAUAAACUUUUUUUUUACUUUAGAAGAUCUAUUUUCUGUAAGCAAUUAUAACACUUGAAUUUCAAAUGUAAAGCAAAAUAAAUAAUUGUAAAAAAAAAAGUUUUUAAAAAGUAAACGCACAAUAUUUAUGGCACAAUAAAUUGGUAUAUUUGCAGGCUGCCGUACAGAAUGAAACUCAAGUGGUGUGUCUGCUUACAAACUUUUCAGUUUUGCUGUUGUUUCACGUAUGCUUUGUUUGUAUGUUUUUUACAGGGAAAUUAUAUACAGAAGAUAUGCCUAUGUCUUAAAAAAACAUAUAUAUCAAUUUAUAUCUAAAAUAUUAGAUAAUGAUUGUGAACAAAUUGUGGCAUGACUUAAAUACUAGAAAUCUGUUAAUGUCUCUGUCAGUCCUUUUCUUUUGAGAUUAUUUAAUCAUUUCAUUGUAAUUUCUCGUGUGUAACGACAUGUGGGAGGAGGAUGAAGCAACAAAAGUCAUGGUUUGAAUCCAUGAUUUUAUCAGAAGUUGAUUUAUUGUGGCUUUGUAGACCAUCAUAGCUAUACAACUGUUGAAAGACAUCAAAUAGACAGUAUUUUAAAAUGUUGGCUUGUGUCACAUUCUUUUAACUUUGAUUGUAAUAUGCUACACAUCCCAAAAACCACAGCUACAGUAUGCUUAUGUAAACCAAGUCACAUUAACCAUAAUGAUGAAACUUUGGAUGAAAAUAACAAAACACAAUAUGUUAAAUUUGAUUAACCUGACAUUUUCAAAUCAGACUCCACAUUAAUCUCACCCAGAGGUUAGACAUGAUCUCUGAACUCACCAGUGCAAAUUUCAGAAAGCAUUUUUUUCUUCUUAAAGGUCUGUCUUGAAAAGCACUGUCCCUAAACACAGAGACAUAAACAUUGUGUGAUUGUUUACCACUCUCUUGUGCUAAACAUCCUCCGUUUUUAGGGAGUUCUUUUUGCUGUUUGUGAUGGAGAAAACACAAUAAAAUGUCCUAAAAAUACAAUUGCAA